AUGGCACCACGCGAGACUACCACCGCAUCUGGAUCAAAUGAAACCCGAGAAGGACCAACAACCAUCUCGGCUCACGAAAUGCUUGCUGAGAUCAUACGCCUCCGGGAACGGGUCCAACAGAUGGAGGAAGAACGGCAGGAGCAAGCCACGACUGCUGCCACAAUUAAAAAGGACUUGGGAGAAAUCCUCAGACCCAGGGCGCCAGGACCGUACGACGGAUCCCCGGGUGCGCUUCAAGGAUUCCUCACUCAACUCAGGGCUUACCACCGACAAUUCCCGAACAAAAUGGAAGAAUCCUCUGCCAAGGUACUUCACGCAGGAGGAUGUAUGACGGGAGUGGCACUCGCAUGGUUUGAACCCAUUAUGAGGGACUACCUUAACAAAGAAAAAGACGACCGCGAAGGAGAAACCAACACCAUUUUCGAAAGUUACGAUGAGUUCGAAAAAGCCAUCAAGAAAGCCUUUGGAACAGUUGACGAAGCUAGAGCUGCUGAGUACUACAUCGACGGGCUCAAGCAGAAAGGAUCGGCAUCCGAUUAUGCCGCUCGCUUCAGACAACUCGCAUCUCAGCUUGACUGGGAGGACGAACCUCUUAUGUCAGCCUUCUAUAAGGGACUUAAGGAAGAAGUCAAAGAUGAACUCUACAGAGAGAACAGACCAGACAACUUAUCGGACUACAUCGCUAUGGCGGUACGAAUCGAUGACAGACAGUAUCAGCGACGCAUACAGAAGAAACAGGGUAAAGGAACCUGGAGCCCUACCAAAGGAAAGAGUUACCAAGCCAAUCAACGCAGAAAGCGUGACGAACCUAUUGCCUAUGGUCACACUCUUAACCCUGGACGAAUGGAGCUUGACGCUACCAAGAAAGACGACAAAAAGGAAAAGAAGUGUUACAACUGCGGAAAACCAGGGCACUUCGCCAAUAAGUGCAAGAAACCCCGGAAAGAAUGGAAGCCAGUACCAGAAGGAGAGAUAUCUACACAAGGUCAACAAGGCGCAAAUACGACUGCAACACGAUUGAAGAUAUCUGCUGACAGCGCAAUCCGUGACCUGCUUGUCAUGGAGGAGAUUGUCGAGAUGGCCCAGGGAAUGAUCAAGCCCUCGAAAUCGCAACUGGCGCCCAUCGCGGCUAUAUGCACUUUGGCAUGCUGCAUCUCGGCUGCCACGGUUUCCGUUAAGGUUAUUGCCGGUGUCUCGGCGGUUGGCGCAGUAGCUGGAGCCCUUGCUCUUGCAGUACCGCCAACAUGGCACAAUAUCCAGAGCUACAGUGUGCGCAAUACACGGGCCAGUUUAAAAAGUUUGAGGUGUGCUUUUGAUCAGAACAAUGUCGGCGAGAGACACCGGGAUGCCCUCGAGCCCUCGAAGUUCAAGUAUCUUAAAUGGAUUCUCGUCGAUUUCUAG